AGAGUUUAUUUAAUGUUUGUAGAAUUGAUUGAUCCAUCAACAACCAAGUUUAGAUAAGGCCUAGCUAGGCACCUCGUCAUUCACCAGGCAGGCCUACUGUAACCUGUCUGUAGGCUAAAAAAGGCAGGCUGCUAGAGGCGAGAAGAGCUUGGCAACCGCUGGGUACUGCUGUACAGGUUUUACUACUAUAUACGCAGUAUUUCACAAGGCCUGUAAAAAUUCGACCGAAUGAACAUUUCAUUGUUCUAGGUCAAUUCUCCUACUGUAAGAGGACAUUAUUUAAUGAGUGUUGUAAAUGAAGAAGGCCUAUGCCUAAGUGGGCUACGUAAACGGAAUUUUGCCAGCAACGCUGGUCUGUCAAAAUCUGACAGCACUGAGCAAGAAGAAGUCAAUCCCAGUGAAUCUGAAAAUCCGGACAGCAACAUGAUCCCGAAGGAUUUGAUCGGGAAAGCUCCAUUGGCGAAGUUUGAAACUUCACAAGGAAACCUUACUUUUGACAUCAGUGCCAUAAAGGAAGAAGUUGUCCCAUUGAAACCGAAAAGAUGCAUUGAAGAGACUGGAGAUGAAAUUGAAGUGUGUCCAGAUUCUGAUAGUGAUGGUAGCCAGAAGUAUAGAAAAGUGCCGAGCGAUGAAUAUGAUUCUGAUAUUGAUCCUACUUAUAGUGAGUGUGAUGUUGAUAUGAUCACUUUUCCACUCCAAGCGGUCAAAGCGGGGAGACGAGCAGCUGGAGAGGCCGCAAAACGGGCAGCAGAAGCAGCCGGUCGCGCAAAGGAGCGAGCUUCUGAAGCAGCAGGACGCGUGUCUGAACGUGCCCAUGAAGCAGCGGGACGAGUGUCAGAACGUGCGCAUGAAGCUGCUGAACGUGUAUCGGAACGUGCGCAUGAGGUAGCAGAACGUGCCGGUCGUAUGAAGGAUAAGGCGGCAGAAGCAGCAGCUAACACGGCGGAGAAUGCCAAACGUUAUGGACGCAAAGUUAAAGAGGCUUUUGUGUGGAAAGCCACACAUUUUAAUUUACUUCCGUCCUGGCUAAAAGACAAUGAAUUUCUUCAUAAUUAUCAUCGGCCUCAACUACCUUCAUUUAAAGUCUGUUUUAAAUCUAUGUUCAGGAUACACACAGAAACAGGGAACAUUUGGACACAUCUUUUGGGUUGUAUAGCAUUCUUUUCUCUGAUGAUCUAUUACCUGGUGAGUUCCAUCUUAGCGGACAUCCAGUGGCAAGAGAUCACAGUGUACAUGGCAUUCUUCAUCGGUGCCAUUGUCUGCAUGGGGUUCUCUUGGAUCUUUCACACAUGCUACUGCCACUCAAGAGAAGCUGCUCAACUCUUUAGCAAACUUGAUUACUCAGGGAUAACAAUUCUUAUCGUAGGAUCAUUCGUGCCAUGGCUUUAUUUUGGAUUUUACUGUGAUAAUUUGGAGCGUUACAUUUACAUUGGGUUAAUCGUCAUCUUGGGUGCUAUUGCUGCCGUUGUUGCAUUGAGGGAUAAGUUUAGCACCCCUGCCUAUAGGCCAAUACGAGCUGGUGUAUUUAUAACACUUGGUUUGAGUGCCCUUAUACCAGCCAUUCAUUAUGUUGUUCUAAACGGUUUUGCGAAAGCAAUUGAGGGCGGUUCACUGCAAUGGAUGGUGCUAAUGGGUGCGCUGUAUAUUGGUGGUGCAGUUUUGUAUGCAGUUAGAGUACCAGAGAGGCUCUUCCCUGGAAAAUGUGAUAUAUGGUUCCAAAGUCAUCAGAUUUUCCAUGUAAUGGUCAUAGCGGCGGCAUUUGUACAUUAUCACGGGCUCAACGUCAUGGCUAAGUACCGCGCACAUGUAGGCGAAUGUGACGCCAUCCUAGGCUCAGGGACCGAUAACGGAUUUAUGACUACGAUGACACAAACGGUUUUUUAAGAUUUGUGCUUACAAAUCACGUCUGUUAUGAGGCAGUGUGUAGUGGUUGAUGAAUAGUAUGUUUUGCUUCAUAGCCAAUCAGAGUAACAACAAUUAACAACAUUAAUAUCUUAAACUAAAAUAGAGUAUAAAAUCAGUAUCUGCCCCAUUGCCACUGUAGCCGUGGGUUAGAUCAGUGGGUGUGUCCAAGUACACUAUACUGUAAACUCCUUUUUUUUUGUAAUCCAUUUUAUUAUCUUGUAAUAGUAAAUGGGUUGUAAAUUUUUGGGCUACAAUACGAUACCAUUGUGUCUAGCCUACACAUUUCAUUUGGUUGAUGCCAAAUUAAGGAAAAUAGAGAAUUUUAUACAGGUUCAAUGAUCUGAAGACAUACUGUUCAAGUGUCAUUUAAAAUCAUAUAAAAUAAUCCUGUAAUACAAUAUGUAUAGAUGGCAACAAGUGUUUAAAUAAACAAUCAAACCACAUGGUUAAGUAAAUACAUUCCGGAAUCAACAUACAACAUAAAACUGUACUAGUCUGGAGAAACACUUUUUGCGAUGAGUGACUGAUUUGGUUUGUCUAUGCCACAUUAUGAGGCCAGGGGUCCCAAGUUGAAAGAAGCCACUUCAAGGAGAUAUGUUGAAAUGAGCUGUCUAAUUAUAUUUUGCUGUGCAUGUUGAUACCCAUCAGCACUGAUGAUUGGGAGACAAUUGAUAAAACAGUAGUAAAAACAUGCAAAUAUCUUGAGUUUGCAUGACAUUGGAUAUUUUCCCGGAGAUUCUUUUUAUUUGCGAGAGUGCAGGAGGCCUGCCCAAUUUCCGGGAGACUCUUCAACUCCUGCAGGAGACCCCUAUGAGACAAGCAUGCCUUCUAUAAUUGUUGUCGACCAGGAACUCGCUGACACGAUUCUAUGGAGAAUCAAAAAUGGCAGCUGAGGUUGUGUACAUAUUUGGUAGCAUUGAUUACAUGUCAUUUUGGAACCAUUAACAUUUGGAAUGAAUCUAUAGAGUGAUGCAUAAAAAGAUGCCUGCCUUCCAAUCUCAGGGUCAUAGGUUUUCUGUCAGAUCAGGAUUUGUUUUCCCAAUUAAGAAACAACUCUACUCACUCAGAAUCACAAAGAGACUUAUAAAGCAUCAUUCCAUCCUUAAAUUGGCAAAUGUACUUGCUGAUGGAUGUGAAAGAUAGUAAUAAUAGCAAAUGUGAAUAUGAAUAUAGAUACAGCACCCACGUAGUUGUGGUAUAAUUAGUACAAUAUAGAGACAGACAAAGUGUAUACAUUAAUUUAUUGAAGUGCAAGCUUGCAUGCAUAGAGUGUACUGCUUCAGGUGAAUGAUAAGUGUCCAAUACAAUCCUUAGCCUUGCCCAGACUGUCAACUUUUAUUUGAAAAAAAAUUUGUGACAUACCUAAAUAUGGUCAUGAUGACAUCACAUUAUGGCCAUGCAUUAUUUUAUGACUGUAUAUGGGAAUAAAAUAACUUUUGUCUUUGAUAAUGUGGACUGAGCUUUAUAAAAAAAAUCAAAUAAAAAAAUGAUGGUAAGCACCACGUUACAAUGGCAACUCAUCUGGCAUUAACUGACCCAUACACGACUAUACCGUAAAACCUUGAAUUGAAGCCCCCUCCCCCACCCUUUGGUUUGCAAAAUUAGCCUCGAAAAGAAGCCCAUCUCAAGAUAGCAUAGGCUUCUUUUCGAGAGAGUACAGUACAUACACUGUACAUGAAUUUUAAAGAAACAAAAUAAAUGAAAAACAUGCUUUGUUUAUACAUAACAGUAGAUAGGGGAUUUAAUGCCAGUUAAUGCACUCCAUGAUACAGAUUAAUGUUACAGUGUCACUAUUUAAUGUUUUAUAGUACUAAUUCCUAAAAUUUUACAGCAUUUAUUUUUGAAAAGAAGACCCCUCUUUACUUUGCAAAAGUAGCCUCGAAAAGAAGCCAAUCUUCAAAAGAAGCCCAUCCAAAGUUCGCAAAAAAAAAAAAAAGAGCCCAGGGCUUCAAUUUAAGGUUUGACAGUAUAUUGGCAUACAAAUUAUCGGUUGUACCAGGAAGUCACAUGAUUAAAAAUGACCUGAAAAAAAUGCACGCAUUGCUGCUUGUUUUGAAACCCUUUGUCAAAAAAAGUUUUAAAAUGUAUGCAAGUGAUAAAAACAUAAUUAUUAUUCAUAUAUUAUUCAUGUUCAUGCUGUUUAUCAACAGCGACUUCCAGCGACGACUCACACAGGUCAAACAACAGCUAAUUUGCAUAAAGAUCACGCCGAUGAUCUCUGUUAACACCGCUGCAAUGCAGAGGUAACUCAAUUGAUUAAUGUGGUUACUCCAUUAUGCAGAAUUACUAACUCCGUUUACACAGCCACUUAACACCUAUAUUAACGGAUAACGCGAUCAUCAUGGUGAUCUUCUGCCGUGUAGACAAGGCGAAUGUUUUCUUUUGUUUUCGCAGUUGUUUGCAGCAUGUUCCUCACCUUGAUAGAAAGAGGUUGCAGUUUCGAUUUCCGCUGGAGAAAUUUUUUCAUAAUACUGAUAAGAAACAUAAUUAUACAAAAACAAUGAAAACCAUUUUCAUUGCCAUUAAUAAAAAUAACUAUAUUCUGAUAAUAAUUAAGCAUUGUUAUGAUUUGUAGAUUCAUGCGUACCAUAUUUAGAUGGUGUGAAAAUUGUGAGCACAAAUAAUUAAGCAAUUUGCCUGCAUAACUAGGUCUCAACAAAGAUUACUGGUUUCCUGCCCCACUACAAAGAAUGAUUCACCCAUUAUAUCCUGGUUGUUAUCUGCCUUUUCCAGAUACUUGAUUUUUAUCAUUCACCUGAACUAAAUAAAGUCUUGUCCUUUAAUAAUCAUAUACAGUACAUUAGUGCAGAUUGUUAAUAUUUCUGAUUAUACAUAGAAAUGCAAAAAUUAGUUAUGACUUUUUAUGUGUUAUAACGAGUUAAUACAAUUUAUGAAAAAUAUUGGUCAAACCAUAACAAUGGUAAGGUAAAAUUUGUCUAAGGCUGCUUCCCCCCCCCCUCCUUCGUUUCCUUAUAUUCCACCAUCAGAAUUAAACAAAGUGUUCACUUAAUUUAAAAUAGUAUUUUUCUGCCUGACAUUCAGAUGAUAUAGAAAGUUUAUAUAUAUUUAAUAAUUAUAAUUUUAAUAUGAUCAUUGAGUAAAUGAAAAAUUCAUAGUUUUAGCUAUUCCCUCUUGUAGUAUAUACUGUACAAUGUUAAAGCAUUCAAAUAUUUGGCUUAACAAAUUUAUAAUUUAAUGGUACUAUAAAUAAGUGAAGAGAGGAUUAGAAUGUAGUUGUGGGUUGCUGAAAUGUACAGUGGUAGAGGAAUACUCUUAAGUGGCAUAUUUAAGCAAGUGUGUUGAAUCAUGGACCUAUUUAUAAGAUUAUUAAUAGGUCCAUGGUUGAAUCGCCAUUCAUCAGGAUGAGUCAUUGAUUUCAGAUCCUGGAAACGUUUUUUAUUGUCAUACCAUUUGAAAUCAUUAAUGUUUUCCUGGAAACAUUUGUAUUUAACCUGUAAAUUGAUAAUUGCCUUUAUUAUAAUCAUGCAGGCCUACCUUUAUUGAACAAAAUGCUGUUAUUCGAAAAAAAAAAAAAGGUGGGCUUGGGUAAUGUAAGCACAUGCAGACAACCCGACUAUAUUUGAAGUGUUUUUUUAUUAACCUCAGAUUAAUAAUUGAAUGUAAAACUGUGGGCUACUUCUAUCAUUCAACAUGUAGUUAUAAGCACUGCCUUACUCAACAGUUGUGAAGAGAUGAAAGAAAGAAGGUGCAUUCUUUUUAUCUAUGUUAUUACGUUUAGAGUGUUAGAUAAACAAAUGUUGGGUCUAAAGCCAGGCAUUCAUUGCACCCGAUGUGACGUCGUUCAGUGUGAUUCUAUGAAGAACACAGGGACAAGUGAGCAACAAAUCGUUUUUUAUGAUGAUCCGGAUAAAUUCAGACUGCCGCUGACAAUCAGCUGAUGGUGUCGCGAUGCCUAGCGCUCACAAGGAGUGUCAUGCGACACUGCCGUACAACCAGUGAAUGCCCGGCUUUACUCGGAACUUGACAGUUAUUUUGCGGACAGCUAUUUAUAGUUAGAUUUUUGGGAUGUAUUUAUAAAGAUAAAAUUUGGAUUAGUGUUCAGAUGUUUUUUAAACAUUAGUCAUCAAUUGUUAAUAUUGAUAAAUUUGAAAUAUGUCUAAAUAAUCCAAAUAUGGGUGUAGAGAGAGAGACUGGUAUUCGGUGGGGUUUUUUAAAUAACUAUUGGAAUUGAUACUGUAACAAGUUUUGAGAUAAUUUAAGGCACAAAAACUAUUUUUAACUACAAGAUGCAGGUCUAGAAUUAGAUGUGUGGUAAAAGUAUGUUACAGGUGUAUAUAAAUAUCAUAUUGUUAUAAUAAUAAUAAUAAUUAUUAUUAUUAUUAUUAUAAUUAUUAUUGUUAUUAUUAUUAUUGUUAUUGUUAUAUUUAGGUGUAGUCCAGCUGUGCACAUGAGGCUAUAUUUGUAUAGAGUGUGAGCUAAUCACAAUGAUGAAUAGUUCAUGAUAGACAUUAUAGAAGUCCCAUUUCAAUUUUUUAUGUUGAUCCAGGUGAUUCAAAAUGCUUUAUUGACAUUACUCUGUAUGUUAUACUAUUAAAUUCCAAUUGAAUCAAUUGGAAAAAACUUAACUGUUUCUGUGGUAAAGAUAUAGGCAUAUGAGAUUGCAAUAAUGGGAUGCAUAGAUGGAUACUAACAUUAUGGAUGUAUUAUCUUUAUGCGUAUAUCCACAAGAAAUUGACUUAAUAAUAUUUGAUAAAGUUGUUGCCAAAUUAAUUGAAGUGUCUCCAGGAAUUGCUUUAUGCAGUGGCCUUCUUUCAUUCUUAGUUGUUGCUGGAAGACGUCAGCGCUGUGCACAGAUGAGUUGCCAAAGAAGUUAGAGCCACCUUCAGAAACCACCUAGUAAUAUGUAUCACUCGUUUCCUAUUCUUGAUUUUUGGUAUAAAAACUGUGGGAAUAAUGGAAUAAACACUCAAGGUUCACAUAAUUCCCCGUAAUAUAUACUGCCAUGCUUUUUUAUUAUCACUGGUAUCAAUAAAACAGAUAUUUAUAUAUUAAAAACUAGAUAGGUUAAUUGUUCUGUAUCAUCACCUUGUACAUUUCUCCUCCAUGCUGUAAGCAGAAAUUCAUUUUUUUCAAUAAUACAUCUCUGAAUCGGCAGAGAGGCAGCGGAGAGAAUUCUGAGACCAUUGAAUUGCAAUUUGUUUGACUGCAUUUUUUUUUAUAAAAGACUCAUCACGGCCCAAUAUUUUAUCUUUUGUGAUGGUUGACAUAUUUGCAGACACCCCCAGUACUCUCCUCCCCCCCCCCCAACAGUAUUGCUGUCUUUGAAGGUUUACAAUCAACCUUCAGUUACCUUAGCUGUAAGUUAAAACAGACAUUUUGUAAAGGAGUUUCGCAAAACACUAUGCAUUUCAGAAAUAUAUUUAUUUUGUUUUUGCCCACAUCAUGACAUGAAGGGUGGAGACAAUGUACAAUAAUAAACGAGUACCAGUAUGAGAA